AUGUCGGACUCGCCGCGCGUCUCCUUCCUGCGUCUCCUGCCCGUGGGAACAUCACAGCCUUGCACACACCCCGAGUGGGUUCUGGGCAGCCUGUGUGUGGAUUUCCCCGUUCCUGACUUGCUGUGUCUCCCCCAGACUCCGUUCCAGUCGUCGGGGUUGGACACGAGCAGGACGACCCGGCACCAUGGGCUGGUGGACAGAGUGUACCGGGACAGGAACCGCCUGGGCUCCCCCCACCGCCGGCCCCUCUCCGUGGAUAAACAUGGAAGACAGGUGGACAGCUGUCCCUAUGGAACAGUGUACCUGUCCCCUCCGUCGGACACCAGCUGGAGAAGGACAAAUUCCGAUUCUGCCUUGCACCAGAGCACCAUGACUCCAGCUCAGCAGGAAUCCUUCUCUGGAGGGUCCCAGGACAUGCAGCAGAAAAGAGUUUUGUUGCUGACUGUCCCUGGAAUGGAGGAAGGCACCUCAGAUGCAGACAAAACCCUCUCCAAGCAAGGCUGGGACACUAAAAAGACUGGGUCAUCCAGACCUAAAUCAUGUGAAGUUCCAGGAAUCAACAUCUUCCCCUCAGCCGACCAGGAGAACACUACAGCCCUGAUUCCUGCCACGCACAACACGGGCGGGUCCCUGCCCGACCUGACCAACAUCCACUUCCCCUCCCCGCUGCCCACGCCGCUGGAUCCCGAGGAAUCCACAUUCCCAGCCCUCAGCAGCUCCAACAGCACGGGAAAUCUUGCUGCCAACCUGACUCACCUGGGCAUCAGCACUGCCAGUCAGGGAAUGACGACGACGCCGGCCCCUUCCCAGCAGCACCGCCCGCCCACCGUGAGCCCCCUGUCCUUGGGCGCGGACUCCAGGCGACCACAGUCCCAGCAAAUGUCCCCCACGCUCUCCCCUCUGUCACCCAUCACUCAGGCCGUGGCUAUGGAUGCAUUGUCCCUGGAGCAGCAGCUUCCCCCGUACCCCUUUUUCACCCAGACGAGUUCCCAGCAGCAGCAGCAGCCCCCAGUGGCCAGUUCCCUGCCCCAGAACCCCCCGAUCCUGCCGAGCUCGGGGCUGCAGAGGGGCCCUCAGCUCCCCCCUCUCUCCGUCACGGUACCUUCCACCAUCCCCCAGUCGCCUCCGGGGAGCCAGAGCCAGCCCUCCAUGGGGAUAGACAUCAACUCGGCCUCACUCCAGCAGUACCGCAGUAAUGCUGGCUCCCCAGCCAACCAGUCUCCCACCUCUCCUGUCUCCAAUCAAGGCUUCUCUCCUGGCAGCUCCCCUCAACAUUCUUCCAUGCUGGGCAGUGUUUUUGGGGACUCCUAUUAUGAGCAGCAGAUGACAGCUAGGCAGGCUAAUGCCCUCUCCCACCAGGUGAGCAAAUUCAUCUCGGCCCCAGCGGCCUCUUCCACCUUCAAAUUAAGAUCAAUUAAUUCCUGAUUAUUCUGUGUCGCAGCACGUUCUGUCCACGUGGAGUUUUCCUUCUGUUCUUUUUGGUUUCUGACACUCAGGA